GACAGUCACUUACCCAACACGGCUGCUCUCGUGGCAUUUUCUUCCUAGGCAGUUGCAACGAAGAACAGCGAGGAGAGAAAGGGUCUUCUGCAUCGACAGGCCUUUUGACUCAACCAACAUUCCGAGUCCCGUCGAAAAGUCCAUUCUUUCAUUCUUUCAUACCAGCACAGCGGCAUCAUGGCCCAGAAACGUCUCAUGCAAGAGCUGCAGGCUCUCCAGAAGGAAAAAUGGGUAGACAUUACCACGGAUGAAAUCAACCUCUUCAGGUGGAAAAUCGGACUCUGGGUCGUGAAUCCUGACAGCGUUUGGCACGGAGCAUUUCUCAAGGCCGAGAUGAGAUUCCCAGCCGACUAUCCCUACCAGCCACCUGUCUUCAGAUUCCUCACUCCCAGCAUCAUCCACCCCAACGUGUAUCUCGACGGAAACCUCUGCAUCUCUAUUCUACACAAGCCAGGAGAAGACGAGCAGUCUGGUGAACUGGCGAGCGAGCGAUGGAAUGUGCUUCAUGGAGUUGAAUCGGUCCUCCGAUCCGUUCUUUUGCUGAUGGACGAUCCCGAGAUUAAUUCGGCCGCCAACGUCGAUGCUAGUGUUUUGUACAGAGACAAUCGUCCUUUUUACGACCGGAUGGCAAGAGUCGUAGUGGAAGAGACCCAGAAGGGCAAGCCAGCAGGUGCGCGUAUGCCUUCGAUGGAAGAACUGGCUCCAACGCCGGUAAAGCCGGUCGAUGACGACACAGACUUUUGGAAUAUGUCAGAUGAAGAAGAGGACUUUGGCGGCAGCGACAGCGACGAGAAUAUGGAAGACGACUUUGAUGAUGAUUUUGAAGACGAGGAUGACAAAUGAGUAGCAACUACAAGAUUCUACGAGCUGCUCUGCUCUCACAUCCGUUGGACACUUUGGACCGUUUACCGAGAGCGAGCGAGCGAGCAAAAAGUCGGAUAGCAUCGCGGCAUGCUAUUAUCGACCGGGCAUUUCUUACCUAUACAGCAAUUCUAUCUUUGCGGCGUUUGGCGGCAUCUUCCCUAUCCAUGCAUGGAACGGCCCAAGGGAAGUUUCGGUGUCAUGGCGCGGCAUCUCUCUACUCUGGACCCAUGAGGAUGUUUCAUUUUUGCUUUCCAUGUCUUGUUUCCUGUAGCUUUGGAUUUUUUUUGGGGGGGUCAAUUGGUUCAUGAGGCUUUCCUAUUUCAUUAGCGGGAUUAUCGUUUAUUAUAGCUUGCGUAUUUAUAUAGAAGACAGAAGCGUAUCAACGCCUUGUGGUA